AUGCGCACCACCACCGCGCUUUGCAGCAAGGGCUUCUGGGGCCGCUCCCUCGACGAGUUCAAGCGCCUCAGCAUGAUCGCCUUGACGUCCGAGGGCAUCAAGGGCUCCUCGGGCCCCAGGGUCCUGCACUCCUUCGCCGAGCCCUCCUCCAUAUCCGAGACGAAGCUCAUGUGCGACGUCGACAUUGGCGGCUUCUCCAAGGCCGCGCUGGACUGGAUACCACCGUCCGACGGCGACGGCGUGCCCGCGCAUGCCCGCUUCCACGGAAGCAUAUCCACCAAGCUGCCCCCCAACAAACCCGACAUACAACGCUCCGGCUUCGCCGCCUGGCGCACCCUCGACCAGCCCCCGACCAUAUUCGGCAGAUCCGUCUGGAACAUAGACAUGUACGCCUACCUGGCCUUGCGCAUCAAGUCAGACGGCCGCUCGUACUUUGUCAACGUCCAGACCGAGUCUGUCGUGCCCACGGAUCUACACCAGCACAGACUGUUUACGAGGCGGCCUGGAGAGUGGGAAACCAUUUUGAUCAAGUGGAACGACUUCGUCCGUACCAACCAUGGUUUUGUGGUUGAGCCGCAGACAGAAAUAUUAAGGCAAAAGGUCACGAGCUUGGGCAUCGGUCUGACGGACCGCGUGCCAGGCCCUUUCGAGCUUUGUAUCGAAAGCAUGUGGGCGACGAACAAUGCAAAGGAGGCCGACAACCACGAGGACCAUGUACUCGAGGAGGCCCUCUCGAAAGAAGCAGCAAAGAAGGGCGGGCUGAAGAGCAAGAGCGGAAAGAACGUCAAGUGGAGCGAUUGA